CGCCGUGCACGCUGACACACUCGGUUAUCCAUUGCUGCGUUGGUGCGCUGACAUCCUCGCUCGCUGCAGCGGGGACAGGGGACAGGGGGACAGGGAGGGGCUGCGGCGUCACAGAGCAGCGCCCACCGCAGGCCGACUCAGAGCACGGUGAGAGGAGCGUGUGAGGGUGGGGUGGGGGAGGUCUCCCCGAUAUCCGAUCCGACAGAGGGUCUGCAGCAGACACAUACACACACACACACACACACACACACACACACAGAGACUCGUGUGUGCACGCCCCGCCAUCAGUACUGUGCCGAGACGCCCAGCCCUCCAGCCCUGCAGGAGCAGCGGGACAUGGACACCUCCUUCCUGCUGAGCCGGAGGACACCGGAGCGAGAGCGCCGCUGACAGGUUGCCAGCAUCAGCACCACUGGGAGGAGGAAGGGGGUGGGGCGGUGCGGCGGGACCCGCGGCCGCUGAGGGGCUCGCAGGCGGAACCUCGACGCGCUCACCAUGGCUCAGGCCGCCAAGCAGAUUCGCAAAAACAAGGACCUGGCCGACCUGGCGCGGGAGGAGCAGCGCGAGAAGGAGCGCGAGAAGGAGGAGGAAAAGAACAAGAGGAGGAACCGCUCGAGGGACCGCAGGCGUAAGGCGGAUGCUGCCACCAGCUUCCUCCGUGCCGCCCGCUCUGGGAACCUGGACAAGGCCCUCGACCAUAUCAAGAAUGGGAUCGACAUCAACACAGCCAAUCAGAAUGGCCUCAAUGGUCUUCACUUGGCCUCCAAAGAGGGCCAUGUCAAGAUGGUUUUGGAACUCCUGCAUAACGGCAUUGACCUGGAGACCACGACCAAGAAAGGGAACACAGCUCUGCACAUUGCCGCCCUGGCCGGCCAGGAACGGGUCGUGGCGGAGCUCGUUCACUACGGCGCCAACGUCAACGCCCAGUCGCAGAAAGGCUUCACUCCGCUCUACAUGGCUGCCCAGGAGAACCAUUUGGAAGUGGUCAAGUUCCUGCUGGAGAAUGGUGCCAAUCAAAGUCUUCCCACCGAGGAUGGCUUCACCCCUCUGGCCGUGGCUCUGCAGCAAGGCCACGAGAACGUGGUGGCCCUGCUCAUCAACCACGGCACCAAAGGAAAGGUACGUCUGCCGGCCCUGCACAUCGCGGCACGCAACGACGACACCCGCACUGCAGCCGUGCUGCUGCAGAACGACCCGAACCCCGAUGUUCUCAGUAAGACGGGGUUCACACCCCUCCACAUCGCAGCGCACUACGAGAACCUGAGUGUCGCUCAGCUGCUGCUCAACCGGGGAGCCAACGUGAACUUCACCCCAAAAAAUGGCAUCACACCAUUGCACAUUGCCGCCAGGAGGGGAAAUGUCAUCAUGGUGCGGCUGCUCCUGGACCGAGGAGCCCAGAUAGACGCCAGGACCAAGGAUGAACUGACCCCGCUCCACUGCGCGGCGCGAAAUGGACACGUCCGAGUUGUCGAGAUCCUCCUGGAACAUGGAGCCCCAAUCCAGGCUAAGACUAAGAACGGUCUCUCUCCAAUCCACAUGGCUGCUCAGGGGGACCACAUGGACUGUGUGCGGCAGCUCCUGCAGUACAAUGCUGAGAUUGAUGACAUCACGCUGGACCACCUGACGCCCCUGCACGUGGCUGCCCACUGCGGACACCACCGCAUGGCCAAAGUCCUGCUGGACAAGGGGGCCAAAGCAAAUGCACGGGCGCUGAACGGCUUCACGCCGCUCCACAUUGCCUGCAAGAAGAGCCACAUCCGCUCCAUGGACCUUUUGCUGAAGCACUCGGCCUCCCUGGAGGCGGUUACCGAGUCGGGUCUGACUCCUCUCCAUGUGGCGGCCUUCAUGGGACACCUGAACAUCGUCAAGAGCCUCAUUCAGAGGGGCGCUUCCCCCAACGCCUCCAAUGUGAAGGUGGAGACCCCUCUGCACAUGGCAGCUCGGGCAGGACAUUGCGAGGUGGCUCAGUUCCUACUGCAAAGCAAGGCCCAGGUGGACGCUAAGGCAAAGGAUGACCAGACCCCCCUGCACUGUGCCGCACGAAUGGGCCACAAGGAACUCAUCCGGCUGCUGCUGGAGCACAAGGCCAAUCCCAACGCUGCCACCACGGCUGGACACACCCCUCUGCACAUCAGUGCGCGUGAGGGACACGUCCACACGGCCCGCAUCCUGCUGGACGGAGAUGCCCAGCAGACCAGGAUGACUAAGAAAGGCUUCACGCCCCUCCACGUAGCUUCCAAGUAUGGCAAGCUGGAUGUAGCAGAGCUACUGCUGGAGAGAGGGGCAAAUCCCAAUGCUGCAGGCAAGAAUGGGCUGACCCCUUUACACGUGGCUGUCCAUCACAACAACCUUGAUGUGGUCAAACUUCUGCUGAGCAAAGGAAGCUCCCCCCACAGCACUGCUCGGAAUGGAUACACACCCCUGCACAUCUCAGCCAAGCAGAACCAGCUAGAGGUGGCCAGCAGCCUGCUCCACCAUGGGGCGUCGGCCAACUCCGAGUCCCUGCAGGGGGUCACCCCUCUGCACCUGGCCUCGCAGGAGGGCCGCCCCGACAUGGUCUCACUGCUCAUCUCCAAGCAGGCCAACGUCAACCUGGGCAACAAGAACGGACUGACUGCCCUGCAUCUGGUCGCUCAGGAGGGACAUGUGGGCAUCGCAGACACACUGUUCAAGCAAGGUGCUUCUGUGCACGCGGCGUCUCGGAUGGGAUACACCCCCCUGCAUGUAGCUUGUCACUAUGGCAACAUCAAAAUGGUGAAAUUCCUGCUGCAGCAGCAGGCCAACGUCAACAGCAAGACGAGGGUGGGCUACACCCCUCUGCACCAGGCUGCCCAACAAGGCCACACGGAUAUUGUCACGCUGCUUCUGAAACACGGAGCGCUGCCCAAUGAGACCACGACCAACGGGACGACCCCCCUGGGCAUCGCCAAGCGCCUCGGCUACAUCUCUGUCAUCGAUGUCCUCAAGCUGGUGAGCGAGGAGGCUGUGUCUGUGAUUCCUGCAGAUAAACACAGGAUGAGUUUCCCAGAGACGGUAGACGAGAUUUUGGACGUGUCGGAAGACGAAGCGGACGAGCUCAUGGGCCUAGAAGGGGCCCGCUACUUGAAGCUGGAUGACCUCAAGGACCAGGACGAGGACUUUCUUUCCCCCAAGAAAACCCUCCGAGACUUCGAGAGCGGCAUGGGCACAACGCCGUACUCCCCAGCCAUUCCCAGAAUCCCUUGUGUGUCUCCAGAGACGGUCAUGCUGGACCAGCACACGCCCGUGCCGCUACCCAAGGAGUACGAUGAGGACUCCCUGAUCCCCAGCAGUCCAGCCACCGAGACGUCGGACAACGUCAGCCCUGUGGCGAGCCCCGUGCACACAGGUUUCCUGGUUAGCUUUAUGGUGGACGCGCGGGGGGGGUCCAUGCGUGGCAGCAGACACCAUGGCCUGCGUGUGAUUAUCCCGCCGCGGACCUGCGCCGCACCUACCCGCAUCACCUGCCGCCUGGUCAAACCCCAGAAGCUGACCACACCCCCGCCGCUGGUGGAGGGGGAGGGGCUCGCGAGCCGCAUCAUUUCGCUGGGGCCCUCCAGCAUGCAGUUCCUGGGGCCGGUGAUCGUGGAGAUCCCCCACUUUGCGGCGCUGGCUCGGGGUGACCGUGAGCUCGUGGUGCUGCGCAGUGAGAACGGCUCCGUGUGGAAGGAGCACAGGAACCGGUACGGGGACGAGGCGCUGGAGACCAUCCUCAACGGAAUGGAUGAAGAGCUGGAGAGCCAGGAGGAGCUGGAGAAGAAACGCAUUCGCCGUAUCAUCUCCACGGACUUCCCUCUGUACUUCGCUGUGGUGUCACGUGUGCAGCAGGAGAGCGACCUGAUUGGCCCAGAGGGCGGUCAGCUGACCAGCCGACUCGUACCCCUGGUCCAGGCCAUAUUCCCGGAGACGGCCGUCACCAAGCGCGUGCGUCUCGGCCUGCAGGCCCAGCCGAUCCCGGAUGAGCUGGUUACGAAGCUGCUGGGCAACCAGGCCACGUUCAGCCCCGUGGUGACGGUUGAGCCGCGCAGACGCAAGUUCCACCGGCCCAUCGGCCUGCGCAUCCCACUGCCACCGUCGUGGAGGGAGAGCCCGCGGGACGCCGGAGAGGGUGACACCAACAGCCUGCGCCUGCUCUGCAGUGUUAUCGGUGGCACUGCACCUGCCCAGUGGGAGGACAUCACCGGCACCACCAAACUGAUGUACUGCAGCAACUGCGCCAACUUCACGACCAACGUGUCGGCUCGGUUCUGGCUGGCCGACUGCCCCCGCACGGCCGAGGUCGUGACCUUCGCCAACCUGCUGUACCGGGAGCUCACGGCGGUGCCCUACAUGGCCAAGUUCGUCGUGUUUGCCAAGAUGAACGAGGCACGUGAGGGCCGCCUGCGCUGCUACUGCCUCACCGAUGACAAGAUGGACAAGACCCUGGAGCAGCACGAGAACUUCACCGAGGCGGCACGGAGCCGCGAUGUUGAGGUGAUGGAGGGCAUGCCGCUGCACUUGGAGUGCUCUGGCAACCUGAUGCCUGUGAGGAAAGCAACCCAACAGCCGCGCAGCUUCUGCUUCCAGGCCUUCCGGGACAACCGUCUUCCCGUCUCUGUCAAGGUGAGAGACAGCACUAAGGAGCCGUCCGGCUUCCUGUCUUUCCUGCGCAAGUCCACAAAGUACGAGGACACGCAGCACGUGCUGUGCAACCUCAACAUCACCAUGCCACCCUGCAUCAAGGUUAUUGGCAGUGAGGAGCGCCGACGCACACUGACCCCACUGGCCCUCAGAGAGCGAUACGGUGCACUGAAUGAGUCGGCCCUGGCAUCUGUGAAGGCCAUGGAGAGGGCGGAGCUCAAGAUGACCUUGAUAUCUGAACAGCUGGGCCUCAGCUGGGCAGAGCUGGCGAGGGAAUUGCAGUUCAGCGUGGAUGAUAUCAACCGCAUCCGGGUGGAAAAUCCCAACUCACUUUUGGACCAGAGUUCCGCCCUGCUGAACCUGUGGGCGGGUCGCGAGGGCAAGAAGGCCAAUAUGGAGAGCCUAUACACAUCGCUGAAGCGGGUUGACAGGGCCGAUAUUGUCAGUGCCCUUGAGGAGCAGCAGCUGCACUCUGGAGAUGAUGUACAGGAGCAGGGGGCCUGUAGACACUUGAACCGUGACUCGCUUCUCUCCCCCAGCAUGAUCAAUGGUUACGGGCAGCCGCAGGAGGAGCUGCUCUCCCCCGCUUCCAUGCAGUACAGCCUGCCCUCCCCGCUGGGCGCCGAGCCCGACUGGCAGGAGGUGUCCAGCCUGGAACGCGCACCCAUGGCCACCACAGAAGAGGACACGCUAGCGGAUCUGUCAGAGAUGCAGGCAUGGCCGCCAGGGGUGGGCGUCUCACUGCAGGCCGUCGACGACUCCUCACUCGAGUGCAGCAACGCGGAUGAGUCCGAGGGGGUGCUGAGUCUGCCCUGCAGCAGCCUGGGCCGCCCUGGCAGUGGGGCCAGCGGGGUGAGCAGCUCCCUCAUGGAGCUGGAGGAGGAGGAGGAGGAGGAGCAGGUGGAGGAACAGGCAGAGCCGCGGGCUGAGGCCUCAGAGCUCGCUGCAAGUGGCGCCAUUCCAAAGGUCAACAACAACGGUCAGAGGUCGGAGGUCAGGAGUGCGAAGGCGGGGACAGCACAGGGCAGCAGCUUGACAAGUGGAGCAGGAGAAUGUGCACAGGGAAGAGAUGGAAGGCCAGGUUCAGCGGAAGGGCUUUGUGUCAUUACAGGGCAGCAGCACGAGCACGUCCAGCUUGGGGAGUCGUCCGUACUGAGCUGUGCAGCGGAGCGCCUGGGAGACAGGCUGGGAAGCAGUGCAUUCCAGCCCUACAUGCAGGAACAUUCUGUCUCCGCCCCAAGACAGCAGGGGCUGGAGAAUGUGUCACCAGCACAUGAGAGUGGAGACCGAAGCCAUUCUCGCGUGUUCCAGGAGGCUCUGCUGACUCCCGUGCGGGACACGGGACACUCAGAGGUCCUGCAGGGACGAAUUCUGGGUCCACAGACCUUUGGGGGGGAGCUACAAGCUUCUGCUGAUAACCAACUCAGAAUGCAGGUCAGUGAGACUGAGAGCAUGUCUGGGGAUCACUCUCUUGAGGAGCCUAUGGAUGUUGUUACCAAGAAGAGCAUACGGAGGCCAGUUCGAAAAGGCAAAACCUUACCCGAAGAGGGCUGCUGUACAGACUCUCGAGGAAUGGAGACAGGGGUGGGACACCUGGGGCGAGAAAGCAGCAAGAUGGAGGCUGAUGUUAAAAAGCGCACCAGCUUACGGAAGACCAAGAAAUAAAGCCGCAAGAUCUAUAUCCACAGGACCUGGUGUUCUGCGAUCUCCAACACGUACAAAUUGCAAUGUUGGACAAGGCGAACAGGACUGAAAGGAAGAAGCAGGGUGAAUGAAAAAACACAAAAAAGUUAACAAAACCACGACAGACGAACACUAUGGACUUAACAUCAACCGGAAUGGACAGCUAUGCUUACAAACAGUAAACCUCGAGAUGAGGGUCUGCUUGUAGUUUUGUUACCCUUUUUAAGAAAACAGAAACUAGGUUAGAGGCAUGAUUUUAUAGAAAAAUGUUGAAAAAAAAAACAAACCGAGGAAAAAAGCAACAAAAAAGUGCUUCCUGUUAAUUGUAUAAGCAUGAUUGAGAGUCCAUGCAUGAGUUGUCCGUGUCCACAGACUGAAGGGGUAAGGGUGCGGCUAGGCGAAUAAGUCUAGGGAGCGGGGCAUCUCUGAAACCACUGUUUACAAGCAACAGAAUCCUACGACCCGUGAGACGUUCGCUGGUGCUCGCAGGGGUGACCCCACCGCACUCCAGCCGUGUCCCACUAGCGCCCUCUUCAGCUCCACGUGGUGUUCUUCUCUGUGAUAUAUGCACUGUCGUUCUGCCCUGUGAAGCCGUAUGCAUGUGUCCGUGUGUCCGUACGCAUCAUGAACGCGCUCCUUCGUGCAGAUGCUGCUGGCCUGGUCCCCAGCAGGUGCUGAGCUCGGUGUGUCGGUGGGAGGAGGUUUGCGGGACAGGUGUGUGUUUUGUCAGGGGAGACCAGAGAACCCCUGGUGCGGGUGGAGAAGCUGCAGGUCCACCUGCUCCACCUGCAGCGAGGUAACUGACCCGGUACUCUCACCUGCAAGUCCAUGCUUCUGUUGUCAUCUUUAUGCAUCCUGUCUACUGGUGCCUCCAGAAUUGUUCUCCCUGUUCCAGCUGCCCAGGUAUGACCCAGAUGUGGUGUCUCCCCCUUCUACCUGGCACAGUGUCGCAAUGUAGCCAAGAUGGGGGGGCAGGGGGUUACUGAGUUCCAUUGUUUUAUUUCCUCUCAGGAGCACAGCAAACACACAGAGUGCCAUCACUGUGAUCACCACUGUAAAUCUGACCCCAGGACUGUGAAUCCUACAGCUCCUCAGCCAAUGUCCACUUCACCUUAACCACCUCCUCCUCCUGCCUGUUGUACACACCUGUACACAACCACAUCCAGGCACACAUACACACACACCUUCUCUCUUGAGUGGCGGGAUAUUGACAUCUGCUUUACAUGGUUUCUGCCACAGCAAUAAUAUGAAGUGAGGAGAACAAAUGUGGUGUGUGUGUGUGUGUUUGUGUGUGUGGAGGGGGGUGAGUCCAGAUGCUUCCAGAAACACUUUGAUCUUCCAAACCUAGUGAGUCAAGCCAGCACAUCCCUUUUUGCAUGCAUGAUGACACACACACACACACACACACACACACACACACACAGAGAAAUAAAGAUGAGCACAACAGAGAUGUUCCUGCAUUGUUGCGAGACAUUAUGGGAAUGUCACUAUCUGAAAAUAUGGUGAAAUUUACAUAUAAGUUGAGAACAUAGUUCUCAAGAUUCCUUUCUUUUUUCCAACGGUGUGUUUGCCAAUGUGAAAAACAGUCAGAGUUGUAUGUGCUAAUUUUGUGGAGUUUAACACCCCCUCUCGAGCACUGGGGAACAUGUAGCGUUCAAACACAGUGUCUUCUGUUAGUGUUUUCCUGCUUCUUUGGCCAUGUCCAUUAGUUGUGUGUUUGCAGAGACCAUGUGAGAGAGGAAUGUCCAGCAGGUCCAGUAGAUCAAGAGGUCAUUGAGUAGCUGUGGGUGGCCUGAUGGGCUCUGAUUGGCUCCACUCAGUCAAUAUAAUAAUAAUAAUAAUAAUAAUAAUAAUAAUAAUGUGACUGCGCACUCCGAUUGGUUGAUGUCAGGAUGCUCUUUGAAGUUGCAUGCUCUGAUUGGCUCAGAUUAUAACAUUGUUAUAUGGCAGGGUUCACUGAUUUAUCAUUAUCUAACGUGCUCUAAUUGGCUCAGAUCUUCCAACUGUCAUAUAGCAGCAUUUUCUGGUUGGCUGAGAUUAGGACAGGAUUCUGUAGCGCAUUUCACUGAUUGGUCAUUAUGUAGCAUCAUCUGAUUGGCUCAGAUCAGAUGUUUCUUAUGUAGCAGCCUGCACUCAUUGGCUCACAACAGUUUCUUAUCACACACGGUGUUUAUCCACUGCUGAAAAACCGUGU